UUGACACUAGUGCGCAAUGUGUGUACACGUAUUACUCGAUGUUAUUCCUAAGGAGAAAAAAAGUGUACGAGACUUGUGUACUCGUUCAACAGUGUCACUUUACAAGCAUUGAAUGAGGUUCAAUCGUUUCAAUAAUUAAGAUCAAGUAUCAUAAUUACAACUUUGUUUACCGAAACUUAUUAAUGUUGAUACCCAUGUGUACUUUUUGUAUAUCACGUAGCACUUCAGUGAAAUAUUGAAUAACCGAGUAUCGAAGAAACAAUUUUUACAUUAAAAUGCAGCAGUGAAUUGGUUAGUCAUUACGUCAUAACUGACGUCACUACAGACGGACAUAUUUCCUCUUCUUCUAUACCUUUUACUUCACUUUAAAAUAAUUCAAUUAAACACUGGAAAUAAAUUUAAUAAACUCUUCGCCACAACGGUUAUCGAUUUCUUCACACUUAAUUUCUUAUCUGCGAUAUGUAAUCGCGUUAUCUGCUUACAGUUUUACAGCGCCACGUUUGUAAUUUAUCCGAUCGUAUUGCGCUCAGUUCGGAGAUGUUGAUUUGUAAAUAUGUUUACUAAUGUCAGGCAGAACAUAGCUAUUGCUUUUCAUUUUGUUUGAUAAUUGCAAUUCGAUUUUUGUUAAUUAUUUACUUAAGGAUUAUAAAAAUCCUUACUAAGUGACUGUAUUUAUAUAAAAUUGAUUGAAUAAAAUGUAUGUGUAUAUUAUUUAAAAUCGGAAUCGAAGCACAACGUUCACAAAGAUAAAAUAUGAGUCGCCAUCCAAAUACUGAUUAUAAAAAUCGCAGUGAACCUCCAGUCGAAUUAGAAAGCCAGUUUGUCUUACGUUUACCACCGGAACCAUCGCGAGUAUUGCGCGAAACUUUACGAAGUGGUUUACCUUUAAAAGAUAGACUGAGCAUAAAAUUAGAGCCUGAUAUGCGUUACGGAGAGGUUAGGUUUGAUCACUGGCUACUUCAUACAAAGGUUGUCGACUUACCUACCAUCGUGGAAUCUUUAAAAACUAUUGAUAAUAAAAGUUUUUAUAAGACUGCAGAUAUAUGUCAGUUGGUAAUUUGUCAAGAAGAAGAUGAUCAUACCACAACAGAUGAGGAAUCACCAGUAAGGCAAAAGAAAAAGGAUCUAAAUAAAGUAGACAAGAAAUUUCUAUGGCCACAUGGAGUAACACCCCCUACUAAGAAUGUAAGACGCAGAAGGUUUAGAAAAACUUUGAAAAAGAAAUAUGUGGAAGCUCCAGAAAUUGAGAAGGAAGUUAAACGUUUAUUAAGGGUAGAUAAUGACGCUGUUAAUGUUAAGUGGGAGGUAAUAUGUGAAGAUGAAGAUCAAUCAAAACCCAGUAAAGUAUCAUCAUCUGGUACAGUGAAAACUAAAAGAGAAAGUAUUAAUGGCAACACUUCUCAAAGUCUUGAUGUUGCUGAACAUGAUAUAUUUGGUGAAGCCGUGAGUGACAGUGAGGAUGAUGAUGAAGAAGCGAACAUAAAUGUCAUGGAACUGGAUGAAAACAGUCGUCUUUCUGCUGAUAGCAGAGUGUCUGAUUCUAAUUCGUUACAAGCCACAUAUUCAGAAAGAUCUAACAAUAAUACAAAUACAAACAGCAAUCUCGUUACAGAAUUUAGUAAAGAAAUGUUUCAAAAUGAUAAUACUGAAGCAGAAGGAGAGAAACCAGUCGAUGCAACACCAACAAUAGUAACAAAAUUGGAACCAUUCCAACCAGAGUAUAUUCUUCCAGACAACUUCACAGAACCAUCAGUCAGUGCUUCAACAUCAAAGGAUUCGUUACAAACACGUCUCGCAACACUGCAUGCAGAAUUAGCUGAAUUGCGGCAGCGAAGACAGCAGCAAGAACUUGAAAUUGCUAAUAUAGAAAAUGUUAAAUUGAGACAGAGAUUCCAAGAAAUAUUACAUAAUUUAUUAACACAAGAGAUGCAAAAGGUUCAAGAGAUCCAAAACUUGGAAUUGGAGUAACAUUUCAGAAAGUGACCAACUAAUUGACCAACUAAACUUUGUGAUUAGAACAUUUGCAUUGAUGAAGUUCCUCAUAGCAAUAUACUCCAGAAUUGUUAUUUAUAUUUUCCUUUGUAAUUUUCGUAGCUAUAGUGUAACAUUAUUAAAAAGCAUAGUUAGAAACAUUUUUAA